AAUCACUCAUACUCACACCAGCAUUUAUUGUCUUCCCUCUUCUUUCUGAUUCUUCUUCUUCUUCCUUCAUCAUCAUCUUCUCCUCUUCUCCUCUUCUUUAUAUCUUCUGAUAUAAUACCUACUUGGUUACUAGUUACUCACUCGAUUCCGCCUAUUCACACACUCUCACUCACCUAAUCAAUCUAUCAAUCAAUCACUCUCCCUCACUCAUAAUGCUUCAAUACAUUCUCCUCACCGCCAUCAGCAUCGGCUUCUCCACUGCUCUUCCGGCCCCCCAGGAUUGCCCUCAAAUCUGCUGGGACGGCGUCAAUGAGUGCGGCAUGUCAUACGGCGGUUGCUACCCCGACCCCGCCUGUUCCGGAAUCGCCGCGCCGAUCUUCGAGGUCCCGGCAUGCCCCAUGGUCAAGCGCGCCAGCCCUCCACCCUCGUACACGACUCCACCGCCCAAGUGCGACCAGCAGAUCUGCUACGACCUCGUCGAUGAUUGCGGACAAUGGUACGGCGGAUGCGUUCUCACCCCGGAGUGCGGAGGACCCGUCAAUCCCACCUUCCCCAAGCCCAGCGGCUGCAAGCCCAGGCCUCCGGUAGUCCCCGAGACCGUCUACUCCUCGUCCAGCGUGAACUCGGUCUACAAGCCCACGCCCCCGUCGGUCACCCCGUCCUCGUACAAGCCUGCAUCGGUCACCCCGUCCUCGUACAAACCGGUCUCGGUCCCGCCGUCGGUGACCCCGCCCUCGUACAAGCCGGUCUCGGUCCCGCCGUCGGUGACCCCGCCCUCGUACAAGCCGGUCUCGGUCCCGUCCUCGUCGUGCUCGACCACACCCACCCCGUACAAGCCGGUGUGCACCCCGUGCACCACGCCGAAGCCCGUCACCACCACGGCGACCACCACGGCGACAUCCACGACGACCUCCAUUAAGACCACCACCGCCACCACCACGAAGACGUGCACUGCUACCACCACGACUACCGCUACCACCACUGCCACUUCCACGACUACCUGCUUCGCCACUACCACCGCCGUUUCCACCGUCUACUGCACCACCACCAUUACCGCGCCGUGCAAGCCCACGCCCACCUACAGCGUCAAGACCACGCCCGUUUACUAAGUAGGAAGUAAGUAGGUCAUCAUCGUUAUCAGUCGAUGACGGUCUUUUAGAACGUUCGGAACAACACGCAAGGAACAGUCGGGGGUCAGGUCGGGGUUUCAUUUCUGGCGGGGCGGGGGUUAAUUUUCGGACGGACGGGACGGACACGGACGGAAGGGGAGGGGGGUUUUCUGCAUUGGAUUUUUUUGCCUUUUAUUUGCAUCGCGAUC